UCAGAUUCACUUCUGCACAAACUGGAACAAAGACCAGUUCAUGUGUUUGUUUUCAAGGUAAUUUUAGCUCUAAGAGGCUUCACAUGAGACAGGUUCCCAUGUUUGAUAGCCAUACUGCUGAUAUAAAGUCUGACGGCUGUGAUCCAGGCUGUCAGUUGUAUAAAUGUAUGAAAUGUAAAAUAUCAUCUUUAAAAAAAGCUUUCAGACAUUUCCAGACUCACAUUCAUGUCUAGAACAUUCCCAGUAGCUAGAAAGUGUCUGACUGUAGAUUUCAUAGAGGAGGAAUUCCUGGUACUCUUCCUUUGUGUUUUUAAGCUUUUUAACCAUUUAUUUGGUUUACUGUAUUAUUUAUUUGAUUCCUCUGACCACAGAACAGUUUUCCAUGUUAACUCAGUCCAUCAUAAAUGAGCUUUGGCCCAGAGAAGACGGGGGUGUUUCUGGAUUCUGUUCACAUAUGACCUCUUUUUGCAUAAUAGAGCCUGUUUUUAAUGUCGUGGCCCCUGAGGGCCCCUGAAGGCUCCUGAGGGCCCCUUCAGCCUCCAGAUUCUCUGAAUCUUUUGACGAUUUUAUGGACUAUAGAUGGAGGGAGAUUCAAAGUCUUCACUUUUUUGAGUUGAGGAACAUUUCUCUGAAAUUGAUCUACAACCUUUAGAUGCAGUUUAUCACAGAUUGGUGAACCUCUGCCCAUCUUUACUUCUGAGAGACUCUGCCUCUCCAAAAUGCUCCUUUUAUACCCAGUCAUGUUACUGAUCUGUUGCCAAUCAACCUCAUUAGUUAAAAAAUGCUCCUCUAGCUGAUUUUCACAAGUACCACUUACUUUUCCAGCCUUUUUUUGCCCUGUCCCUGCUGUUAUGAGUGUAAUUUUCACAACCCCUAUAAAUGGAGCUGCGGUCACUGCAUCCAAAUGUGAAACACAACCAUGAGCUGAGUAGUAAACCAGAGGCGAAUAAGUGGCAGCUGUGUGUACCUGGUGUGACAUCUGGACCUCGACCACGGCGUCCUUCCUCGGUUACCCCCACAGUCUUUGGCUCCCAUGAGCUGCCAGCCCCGUCUGGUUGGUUUCGUCCAGGUUUUGUUGUGUUGUGGUGGAGAGAUGGUGGUGCAGGUCUAAAACUGCGCAGGCUAAACUCAUGCAACUAAGCAAACACAGUGCAGGCUGAACCACACAACUUCACGUUUGUCCAUCAGAUGUAAGAGUGAAGGAGUUCUUUACGGUGUCUCUAUCACGGCUCUGCAGCUGCUGCGAAUCCCUGCUGCUCUCUGUACAGGUGUCCCCAAUUUCACAAUCAACCGGUUUUCAAUCACACAGACCGGAAGUGACAUCUCCCAACACCUACCUGUGUCGCUGGGAUUUGUAGUCUUUAUUUCCCAGGCUUUACCUGACAACAUAUUUACACACAGCUGCUGCAUCUCUGUUUAACACCAGCUCAUAGUUUCAGGGGAAAAGAAAGUGAUAAAGAGAAAAGACCCCAAUCCUAUCCGUAACACUACUUCUUUGAGGUUCCAUCAAAUUCAAUAUGACCUCAAAUUUUUCAGGAAAUGGUUAAAAAUCUUGGUUUCAAUAUCUGAUACGUUGUUCAUGUUCUAUUGUGAAUUAAAUAUGGGUUUAUGAGAUUUCACAUUCAUUGACUUCUGUUUUUGUUUACACUUUAAACAGCGACCCAACUUUUUUGGAAUUGGGGAUUUAACUCAGACUGGAAAUUCAACAAACACACAUGAUACCAUUUAAGUUUCUGCAUUGUUUCACUGCAGCUUCACACAGAAUGACUGACUAACAGCACAUGUCUAAAUAUAAUAAAAACAUUCAACAGUAAAAUCUGAUUCUGGCUGAUUUUAAAUGAUUUUGAUCCUCAGAUCUGUAGAGUCAUGAAGCUGAUGUUCUUCCGUUUGUGUGGUUCCUGACAUUUUUGCUGAUUGAAGAGGAAACGUCAGCUCUGAUCGACCACAGGUUAAAACAGACUCACAGUGAUGAGUGAGAGUUUAGUGGGUGGGAGUUUGGUUAGAGGAACAGACGCUAACGCUCAGACAGUCCAGUUCCUGUUCUUCUUUCUCCCAUACAGUCUGCCGUCUCUGUCUGUGAAGAUGAAGCUGAUUCUCUGCUGCUGCAUCUUCACCCUCGUAUUAGGAUUUAACAUCUCUGCAGGAAUCAUCCAUGAAAUUAUUAAUGAGAAGAACCCAGUCACUCUGCGCUGUCCUGGCUCUGUGAGGAGGAAGGUGAAGUGGAGCAGAGAGAGCAAUGGAACCAGAACAGACAUUAUUACAAUUUAUAAUGAUGUGGAGACAAAACACAUUUCUGACCCGUAUAAAUAUUAUCGUACAUUAGCUGAUAAAUCUCUACGGAUUCAGAAGGUUAAGGUCUCACACUCUGGAAGAUACUUCUGUAACAAUGAAGCAGUCGUGGAUCUGACCGUGAUUCCAUCAGGAAUAAACAUACUCAACACAAAGAGGACCAGUGUCAAUCUGACAUGCCCUCCUGAUGUUGGAGGUUCAGAUGAUCCUAAAUGGAGCACAGAUGCUGGAGAAAUACCAACACAAAAUCGGAUUUGGACUUUAGACAAGUCAUUGGUUAUAUCAGAGCUGCAGCUUUCUGACUCAGGACUUUACUACUGUGAUGGAAAACCAGCCGUGUACCUGAACGUGAUCAGAGAGGAUCAGUCUGACAGAGAUAAUCAGGCUAAAACCACAACACCAACAACGACGAGACGAACAGAAGCAAGACCGACUACUGCAACAGCUCUGUUAACAACACCGACGAGGGAUUCGACUACAACAAAGCAACAAAAACCCAAGAAGAAGUCGGGAAAAGAAAAGAAAAGAAAGAAGACCACACCAACAACUUCAACAACAACAUCAACGCCUACAGACCCGGCAACGACAGGAAAGAAGACCACACCAACAACUUCAACAACAACAUCAACGCCUACAGACCCGGCAACGACAGCGGCUCCCCCACAGUUGGUGUAUGGAAUAGCCGCCGGCUCUCUCCUCCUCAUCAUCAUCAUCACCAUGGUAACAAUCGUCGCCUGUUUGAAAAGACGCAGAUCCAAAAAACGAGUAAAAGAAGAAGAAGCAGCUCCGGUCUAUGAUGAAAUUCAGGACGGAUUAGUAUUUCAGCCAAAACAUGACUGUUCGGCCCAAAACGAUCCCAUGUAUUCCACCAUCACUGAUCUUCCUCUGAUGGAAAAGACGAACGACACAGGCCUUCAGGAUGAGUCCCCUUACUCCUUCAUUGAAGACAUUCCCAUUAGAGGAAACAACAACGGUUUUCUGCAGACCUCUGAGAGCCAUUAUUUUUUACUGCAGCAGCCAAAAACCUCAGAGAACAACAACGAGCUCACCUCUGCUGUUUAAAUUCUGCUGAUGCUGAGAUCAGAUUCACUUCUGCACAAACUGGAACAAAGACCAGUUCAUGUGUUUGUUUUCAAGGUGAUUUUAGCUCUAAGAGGCUUCACAUGAGACAGGUUCCCAUGUUUGAUAGCCAUACUGCUGAUAUAAAGUCUGACGGCUGUGAUCCAGGCUGUCAGUUGUAUAAAUGUAUGAAAUGUGAAAUAUCAUCUUUAAAAAAAGCUUUCAGACAUUUCCAGACUCUCAUUCAUGUCUAGAACAUUCCCAGUAGCUAGAAAGUGUCUGACUGUAGAUUUCAUAGAGGAGGAAUUCCUGGUACUCUCCUUUGUGUUUUUAAGCUUUUUAACCAUUUAUUUGGUUUACUGUAUUAUUUAUUUGAUUCCUCUGACCACAGAACAGUUUUCCAUGUUACCUCAGUCCAUCAUAAAUGAGCUUUGGCCCAGAGAAGACGGGGGUGUUUCUGGAUUCUGUUCACAUAUGACCUCUUUUUGCAUAAUAGAGCCUGUUUUUAAUGCUGUGGCCCCUGAGGGCCCCUUUUUGAGUUGAGGAACAUUUUUCUGAAAUUGAUCUACACCCUUUAGAAGCAGUUUAUCACAGAUUGGUGAACCUCUGCCCAUCUUUACUUCUGAGAGACUCUGCCUCUCCAAAAUGCUCCUUUUAAACCCAGUCAUGUUACUGAUCUGUUGCCAAUCAACCUCAUUAGUUAAAAAAUGCUCCUCCAGCUGAUUUUCACAAGUACCACUUACUUUUCCAGCCUUUUUUUGCCCUGUCCCUGCUGUUAUGAAUGUAAUUUAGACAACCCCUAUUAAUGGAGUUGCGGUCACUGCAUCCAAAUGUGAAACACAACCAUGAGCUGAGUAGUAAACCAGAGGCGAAUAAGUGGCAGCUGUGUAUACCUGGUGUGACGUCUUGACCUCGACCACGGCGUCCUUCCUCGGUUACCCCCACAGUCUUUGGCUCCCAUGAGCUGCCAGCCCCGUCUGGUUGGUUUCGUCCAGGUUUUGUUGUGUUGUGGUGGAGAGAUGGAGCAGGUUUAAAACUGCGCAGGCUAAACUCAUGUAACUAAGCGACCACAGUGCAGGCUGAACCACACAACUUCACGUUUGUCCAUCAGAUAUAAGAGUGAAGGAGUUCUUUACAGCGUCUCUAUCAUGGCUCUGCAGCUGCUGCGAAUCCCUGUUGCUCUCUGUACAGGUGUCCCCAGUUUCACAAUCAACCGGUUUUCAAUCACACAGACCGGAAGUGACGUCUCCCAACACCGACCUGUGUCGCUGGGAUUUGUAGUCUUUAUUUCCCAGGCUUUACCUGACAACAUAUUUACACACAGCUGCUGCAUCUCUGUUUAACACCAGCACAUAGUUUCAGGGGAAAAGAAAGUGAUAAAGAGAAAAGACCCCAAUCCUAUCUGUAACACUACUUUUUUUGCUCAUAUUUUUCAGGAAAUGGUUAAAAAUCUUGGUUUCAAUAUCUGAUACGUUGUUUAUGUUCUAUUGUGAAUAAAAUAUGGGAUUGUGAGAUUUCACAAUCAUUGACUUCUGUUUUUGUUUACACUUUAAACAGCGACCCAACUUUUUUGGAAUUGGGGUUUUAACUCAGACUGAAUAUUCAACAAACACACAUGAUACCAUUUAAGUUUCUGCACUGUUUCACUGCAGCUUCACACAGAAUGACUGACUAACAGUGCAUGUCUAAAUAUAAU